AUGAGGGAAAACGACCCAACGCACGGAGAGGAUGAAGCUGACGGAGGGAUGGGCGGCGAGCGGCGGCCCAUGUGGGCGCAGCUUCUCUCCUCUCUCUUCUUUGUCUACCCAACCUCUCUCUCUCAACCCUCCUCUUCCUCCCCUGUCCCUCUGGUUCUUCCUCUCACCAAGCACCGCUCCACUCUCCAAUACCUCACCCCCCUCUCUUAUGGCUCCCCUUCUCAGCCCGCUGACCUCGUGCUUCAUCUCGGAGGCUCCUCUCUCUGGUUUGAUUGUUCCUCCAGAACCCUGCCCUCUUCUUCUUCCCUUGUCAUCCCUUCUCGUUCAAUCCACUGCCUCGCUGCAAAAUCCCCUCAGCUGGACUCUCUGAUUUUUUCAUAUUCUCCAGAUCAACGCCAUGCAUGCCGAGUUUUCUCGGAGAAUAGCGUCACGGAGACCAGAGACAGCGGUGGAGCGCUCGUACGGGACCUCGUACUCUUCCGCUCAACUGAAAAUGAGAUAUCAAACCAAGCCCUAUUCUUCACUUGCUCACCUACCUCCCUGUUGAAUGGAUUGGCGAGUGGAGCUAAAGGCAUGGUCGGCCUGGGAAGAACUCGAAGUUCCCUGGCGUCUCAAUUUUUUGCGUCCUACAAUAUGCAGAGGAAGUUCUGUCUCUGUCUUUCUUCUUCCACUGGGUUCGCAUUGUUUGGCGGUAUGGCGACCGAAGCUGGACCAAUAGCUGAAUUUUCAAGAUCCCUCACCUUUACUCCCCUGAUCACCCCACAAAAUGAGAAACUCCCAUCGGAGAAAUUCUUCAUCGGCGUGAAUUCCGUCAAAAUCAACGGUAAGCGUUUGACUCUAAAGAAUGGCGGAGGGAUUCAAACCGAGUUGAGCUCCAUUAUGCCUUACACCUCCAUGGAAAGUUCAAUCUACUCCACUUUCAAAGAAGCUUUUCUGAAAGCAGCAGUGUCCAUGAACAUAACCAGGGUGACCGCGGUGGAACCGUUUGGGCUCUGCUUUAGUUCCAGAGGAAUUAACUGGUCGCAAGUGGGGCCAAAUGUUCCUGUAAUCGAUUUGGUACUGCAGAGUGAGAUGGUGAAGUGGAGGAUUCAUGGGAGGAAUUCAAUGGUGGGGGUGAAUGGUGAAGUGAUGUGCUUGGCUUUUGUAGACGGAGGAGUGAACUUGGAUCCGAGUAACAGGAUCGUGAUUGGGGGAUAUCAAUUGGAAGAUGUGAUUGUGGAGUUUGAUUUGGAUACUUCCAUGGUGGGAUUCAGUCCUUCUCUUUUGAUGAGCAACGCUGCUUGUUCUGGUUUUAGGUUCAGUGACAUGGCCUCCGAAUCUGUUUGAAUGUUACUUGCCUCAGCUCUUCCCUGUUCAUAUGAUGAGGCAUAUAUCCUUCUUGUUUCUUCUGGUGCAGCCACACAAUUUUGUAAUACAAACAACCCCCCCCCAAAAAAAAGAAGAACAAAAAAAAGGUAUUUUGUACACUUGAUCGUCACAGAGAUCAAGUCAGCUAAUGGUCAAUGUUUUUAGUGAGAAUAUGUAUGAGAAGAAGCCUUAACUCAGCUUGGGUGAGUUAUUCUUUUUCCUUUUGAGAUAGACUUGGGUCAAUGUUUUCAUUUAGAUUAUGUGUGACGAUAAACUAUCAGAGUUGUAGCA